ACAUUCUGGGACGCAGAAGUGCACGCUCCGUAAAAUUGCUGCUCAGCUGCUGUAAUGGUGGUUUGUUGCGUGGUUAGUACAGGAUAUGCGUUGAACUCACGCUCAACGUGAGUUGUGUUUAUAUCGUGAUUUCGUAAUCGACUACGCACCAUCAAUUUUCGCAAAUCCGUGUACAGUGCUCGGUCGCCGGCAUUCACGGGCCCCAAGCAAAUUCUUGCGAGUUCUUGGAAGGCGCGUAGUAUCGAUUUUUCUGUGUUUUUUUCUAUGGAACGAUAGUGUGUUCUUUCGGUAUCGGCGUGUGAAUAUCGUUACAUCGAAUAAACCCGAUCGUAUCGGUCGGAACGGAACGAUUUGUAUCAGGCUAGCGUAGUGCGUGUGUUCCAACUUGCCGCUAUCGCUUGUUUUUUUUUUGCAAGCGAUCGAUUGAGGAGGGACCUUUGAGCAAAAAAUGUACAACGGAAUCGGUCUCACUACACCCCGUGGAUCCGGUACCAAUGGUCACGUUCAGCGUAACGUCGCAUUUGUCCGGCCAGGGAAAAAGGAUAACAUUAACUACCGCACGGAAGACGAUUUAGCAAAGCUAGACGCACAAUCGAACCGUCAGCCGAAUCAAGGCAUCCUAGACCAUGAGCGGAAGCGAAAGAUUGAAGUAAAAUGUGCCGAACUGGAAGAAGUGCUCGAAAGCCAAGGGCUAGGGCAGGAUGAAGUUCGUGCCAAGGUGGAGCUGUACCGCUCGAAACUGAUGGACCACGGAACAAUCGAGUUGCCGAAGGAUGAAUUUGGGAGAUUGCUUGUACGAGAAACACAUCACAUCGCACAGGCCCAGCAGGAGAAAAACGCCAAACUGCGCGAAGCGUUCGGUAUAUCGCAGUAUUUCGUCGAAGGUACGAGCUUCGACCAGGACCGCAAGGCAAAGGAGGAUCUGGCCAAAUCCGAAGCGCUGCAAAAGGAACUAACCGAAAAGGCGGAAAAGGCGAAAGAGAUGGAACGGGCAAACCGGAAACGGUACGCACUCGUGCGUACACCAUCGCCGGAAAAGGAUGCGGAUCGCAAUGGUGGCAAACAGCGGCGCGGUGGUUCGAACGAACGCGAGGAAGGCGAACAUGAGGACAACGAUGAGGAAAACGGUGAUGAUGGUGGUGCAAGUGACGGCGGUGGUAAGGUGAAUGCGAAAUCGGCCACCGGUGGUGGCGGUGCCCUACGUCGCGACAAAGAGGAGAAGAAGAAGAAAAAGAAGAAGGCACGAGAUGUAUCUUCCAGUCCCGAGCGCAAAAAGGAUAAAAAGAAGAAAUCGAAGAAAAACAAAAAAGAAAGAACGAAGAAGAAACACUCCAAGAAAUCUCAUCGUGAUGAAGACAGCGAUACGUCCGACUCGGAAUCCGAUUCUGAUUCCAAAAGUGAUGCUUCCUCGGAUUCGGAACGCGAGAGCAGUAGCAAGCGGAAGAAAAAGUCAUCGAAGAAGGACAAGAAAAAGAAAUCAUCCAAAAAGAAGAAGGCAAAAUCUCGUUCAACGUCACGCAACAAAUCACCAGAUGCUUCUAGCAAGAAGAAAUCUAUGGAAGACGAAAAACAACAAGAUAAACGCAAGGAAGUCCCUUCCGAGACUAGAAACGAGGAAAGAAACAGGCGUUCGGUUGAUCGCAGUGUCGGGCGUAAAGAUCGAUCGACCAGUCGAAAUCGCAAUGACAGUCAGCGAACGCGAGAAUCUAGCCGGGAACGUGGUACCAAUGUUCGCCGGGGAACCUAUCGGUCCGACAGAUAUGAAGACAAUCGUUUCGGUGCCAAUCGUGGCGAAGGAAACUAUUUUAAUCGCUAUCGUGAUCGGGAUCGUGACACUAAUCGCAUUGCAGAGGAACGUCCUCGUCGUAGUCGUUCGAGAAAUCGACGUCGUGACCGUUCGCCGGAGCACGAGCGCAAUGAUAGAUCCCGUUCUCGCUCUCGGUCCCGUUCGGGAAGUCAAAGAAGGCGUCCGAAUCAUACUGUUUCUCGAGGAUAUAGUGUAGAAAAGUCGAAAUCCGGUAACCGCCGGGACCGUUCACCUCUGAAACAGCCGGAGCUAGACAAAUCUCGAGAAAAAGAUAGUGAGCGUGAAAAGGGUCGUGAACGAAAUAGGGAUCGCGAUAAUCGGGAGCAAGAUACCGAUCGUUCUCGCGAUAGGGAACGCGAACGCCGACAUGAUGAUCGUGAACGAGGUCGGGAAAACAAUCGGGAUCGUGACCGCGAUAGCUACCGUGACCGAGGCCGGAAUCGUUCAUCGAGCCCCAAAAAGAGGGAAAAUCGAUCUCCACCCCGUCGGCAACAGCAAGAGGAACAAUUACCACCCACCAUAAAGCGUGAAAAAUCAUCACGUCAUUCGCCUGAACGUAAAUCGAAAUCAAAUGCGGUGGCCGACGAAUCUAAGCAGCGCAAGAGAUCCCCAUCUCCGAAGGCAGUAACCAGCCACCAGGCUGUUACAACAGACAAGACAGACAAAUCUGAAUAUCAGCGUAGUUCUCCGAAAGUUGCUAACGAGAAGCAAUCUACAUCAUCAUCGGACGAAUCAGAAUCAGAUUUAGACUAUUCUCCAGCCAGACGACAUCCCGAGCGGUACAGUGAUAUACUGCAACGCAUCAAAUCACGCACUGAUGCCAAUGGAGAAGCUCAUUCCGAUACGACGUCGAAUAAAAACAAUAAACAACAGGCGACGGCAGCAUCUUCAACGCGUGAGUCACGUAAAAUGGAACAAACGGCCAGUCCCGCACGCGAGAGAUCCGACAAGAAUGUAGCGGAAGAAGGUAAACACAAGGGACGUCAUACUUCGAUGAGCCCCCCAGUCGAAAAAGAACGCUCUCGUUCACCCUCGAAGCGUCGCCGAUCAAUAUCGUCUUCCCCAAAGAAAAAAGAUUCAUCCCGAUAUGGAUCACCAUCCAAUACAAAGAAGCGUGACAAACCUGUUUCAGCUCCAGCCGAAGCACAUCCUUCUGCAAAAUCAUCAGAAAAACUGUCAACCUCAACAUCGCCAUCGUUAAAGAAAGCAAUGUCACGUUCGCCUGAGGUGAAGAAACGUCGUUCACGGAACCAGUCUCCAACUGCUCGUACUACGAAAACCAUCCAAAAUGAGCGGGAGCUGACAGAAAGUAAGCGCCCCGAAACACGCAGUCCCGAAAAAAGCGAUUCAAGAAAAUCUAAAACAAAGAAAUCUUCCUCGUCAUCUGGUGCAGCGUCGUCUUCGGUACCGUCAACAACCGUCUCCACGGCCGUUAUCGUUCAGCAGCCCGUGGUGAAGUUACACUCUCCCGAAUCGGAACAUUCGCAAUCCGAUAGCGAUGAGCGCCAGCCGGAGCGUAACAAGAUGCAGCGUGAUCGCGACGACCUAGAUGCAUUCCUUCCUAUUUAUGAUGAAAAUAGAGAACAGGAGAAGGAUCUUACCCUGCUGAAAGCGCUGAAACAUGAUCUUGCGGCCAAAGCGAAGCAAAGCCUAGAGAAGAAAAAAUCUAGCUCCGCCGAAGGCGUUGUAAGCAGCAGUGCCAUAGCGAUGAAGGUUGGACUGGUGGGCAAACCGGCAGACACUUCCACCGGCAUGGAGGUACGGGUCGGUGAGACACGGGAACGCGAGCUGCAGCUUUUGCAAAGCAAACAGCACCAAUCCGCUCAGGCUAGCUCUAGCAGCAGAACAGAAACAACAAAACCAAACGUUUCAGAUGGGAAGCAAUCUGUCGUAAAGUCGAAAAAUUCUGCGGUCGAAGCAGUCCAGGAGGACAGCAGCAGUACACAAAUGAAGAAGGAUAUUCAUGAGAUACUUAGCACUGUCGGUGCAUGUGCGGUUGCGAAUGGUUCGGAAGUCGCCGCCAGUUUGGCCAAGACGACGAUUUUGCACGCGGUGGAUAACAUACUGAAGGAAAAAAUAUCGGGAACUGCGAAGGAGAAGUCUACGUCUACCGCGUCCGGCAGUAAAACUCGUGCUAGUACAAGAAGUAGUCGCUCAAGAUCGCGUUCCCGUUCUCGCUCACGUUCGCAUAAGUCCCGUAGCUACAGCAGCUCAAGUAGCGGUUCCGGCAGCUCUCGUUCCCGCAGCCGGUCUUCUUCGUCGCAUAGUCGCAGCUCUUCGGAUCGUGGCAGCAGCCGCUCGAGAAGCCGUUCCAGCAGCCAUUCGUCACAAUCUUCCCCGCGAUCCCGUACUGCAUCCCGUUCACCAUCGAUACCGCGCCGUGCUGGAUCUCCUUCGUUCCUCGAUCGGCGCCGUAUCACCAGUGCACGCAAACGUCCGAUACCGUAUCGCAGACCGACGCCAUCGUCUCCUUCGAGCGCUAGUAGCUAUCACAGCCGUGGCAGUCACUCAAGAAGUCGUAGCCGUAGCAAAAGUUAAACAGUUGAAAGCACCGACUUCUUAAAAUCUUCAAAUGCUCUUCUGACGUCGAUUAGUGGAGAUAUCGGAUGGGGUCACCGUCGGCAAUACUACACACUAACAACACCAUUCAACUAGAUGGUCAUCCUAUUUACAAUUCGUCCAUUUCAGGAUAACGUUCAGAUAUAGACACGAUGAUUUCGGUGUCCUCAAGGAGAUGCGCCUUGCAAUGGUAAACAGAGGUCUGCAUCCCAAGUCAGCUUGAAGUAAAUGCGCGUGAAUCAAUCCUGUACAUUCCAAACGAAGGGACGUUGCGUUGAUCCUAACGCCCUUCGCUCAUAUCAUACAUGAUCGUGUCAUUUCAGUGAAAUUAUUUAGUCGCAAUAGCACCGUGUAGGUGAAAAUUACAAAAUCUCACGGAACAGGAAAGAACUAGCAAUAACACACAAAACGAUACAUCAAUAUUGGUAAAAUUGCUUUUAAAGUAUAAUUCUUGUCUUAGUUCGUAUUAGUAAUGCAAAACAAUGCACGGAAAAUUUUGAUUUGGAAACGGAUGGUUCUAUUUCCAUGUUUGCAAUAUUAGUUUACCCGAACGCUAGUCACAAUUUACGAAUAUUUAUUUACUGAUUGUUUGAUAUUUUAACAAUACUCAUGCUUACACCAGUAGAAGAAUAACUGACUUAGCAAAACUAAAAAAAAGCGUUUAAAAUUUCUUUGCUAUGAACCUUUUGAUUCAGAAGACGAUCAUGAACCUUCUAAUGAAUAAAAUGGAACACAUAAAUAAUCAGUACUAGGCAAACU